GCCCUGUUUGUGGCAACCAAGGAGAUCAAAGAGAGAUCUGCAUGGAUGAAGGGGGGAAGGACAACAGGACAUCAUCCACAGGUUUUGUGCUUCUGGGAAUACAGGAUGUCCCCACACUCCAGAACCUGCUCUUUCUCCUCUUGCUUGUGAUCUACUCAGCCACCAUGGUUGGGAACAUCCUCCUCAUUGUGCUGGUGGUGGCAGACCAGCAUUUGCACAGCCCCAUGUACUUCUUCCUGGGCAAUCUGUCCUCCUUGGAGACCUGCUACAGCUCCACCCUCCUGCCCCGCCUGCUGGCCAGCUUCUGGACUGGGGACAGCAGCAUCUCUGCUCAGGGCUGCCUGGCUCAGUUCUACUUCUUUGGUACCUUUGUGACUACUGAGUGUUACCUGCUGGCAGCCAUGGCCUACGAUCGGUACCUGGCCAUAUGUCAGCCCCUGCUCUAUGCCAGCCUCAUGACCUGGAAGGUCUCUUUUCACCUGGCAGCUGCAUCUUGGCUAUGGGGUUCACUGCUGCUGGUGGUAGUCACAGUCUUCUUGUCCCAGUUGGAGUUCUGUGGCCUCAAGGUCAUUGACCAUUUCUUCUGUGACUUUGCCCCCUUGCUGGAGCUUGCCUGCAGUGACACCAGAGCACUCACAAUUGUUUCUCCCAUAUUUAGCCUCUUGGAUGUAGUUUUCCCGUUCCUGUUCACGCUGGCCUCCUACGUGUGCAUCAUAGCUGCCAUCCUGAGGAUCCCGUCCAGCACAGGCAGGCAGAAAGCCUUCUCCACCUGCUCCUCUCACCUCACUCUUGUCACCAUCUUCUAUGGCACCCUCUUUGUUGUCUACAUGCUGCCUAGAAGAGCCCCACUGAGUCAGCUCAACAAAGUCUUCUCCUUCUUCUACACCAUCCUCACGCCCCUGGUCAAUCCCCUUGUCUACAGCCUGCGGAACAGGGAGGUCAGGGAAGCCACCAGGAAAAUGAUCAGGAAAGUCCUGGCUUGCACCCAGAGCUCCUGCUGCCCCGGGGACACAGAGAAAAGACACUUGUAG